ACUCUCGAAGUUGUGUACGCUCCCCCCUCCCCCCCUGCCCCCCUCGAAAGGCCUUGUGGUUUAGGGUUUUAACGUCUCUACAGUUUUACUUGUCUGUGCCCCAAAAACCCUCGAGAGCUUCACAGCCAUGGCGAGCACCAAAGUCCAGCGUAUUAUGACCCAACCCAUUAACUUGAUUUUCAGGUUUCUUCAAAGUAAAGCUCGCAUUCAGAUUUGGCUUUUUGAGCAGAAGGAUUUGAGAAUUGAAGGCCGAAUUAUUGGCUUUGAUGAGUACAUGAAUUUGGUUUUGGAGGAUGCUGAGGAAGUCAAUAUCAAGAAAAAGAGCAGAAAGUCUUUGGGAAGGAUUCUUCUUAAGGGAGACAAUAUUACUCUGAUGAUGAACACGGGAAAGUAAUGGUCAUUCCUGGUUCUUUAAGAGGAGGUUGAGUGGAACAGCUUUGGGUAACAAACAUUAGUAGGUUAUGAAUGAAAAAAAUGUUCUUGUAAUGAGGUGUCUUUACAUUUGACUUGACAAUGUAACAUCUCUAUCGUAAGAAUUGCUAUUAAUUAUCUUGGUGCUUGUCAGCGUUACCAAUAUUUUAUCAGAUGUACUGAUGUAUGGGAACCAAGAAAUGUAUUAUGCUCUGCCCUGUUUUCUUUUCAA